AUGAACUACAAACCUAGUAGAAAUAUAAUCAUCAAAUAUUUGAUGACAUUUGUUGUCACAGCAAUAGUUGGGAUCAUGAUUACUGCAAGCGUUAUCAAAUGCGUCAAGAAAGGAUCUGCUGACAAAAUUUUGGUAGAAAGCGCUCUAGGCACAUUUGAAAAGAGAAACUUUUGGAGUUGGGCAGGUUUUGCUGUUUUGGCUGGUGUAAUGAUAGCUGCUGGCUCCGCGAUUAAUACUUCAUGGGCACCUAUUAUAUGUGCUACUAUCGGACCAGGUUGUUGGGCUUUGGCCAUUGGUAUGACAAUCUGGACUGCUAUGUGGGCUGUGGCCUCUGGCGUGCAAUACUAUAGACAGAAUGACAAACGAACUGACGAAUAUAUUACGAUGUCUGGAGUAGCUGGUAUUCACAACCUCGCAGUCGUUCAGGACCCACAUAGGUUUGAUUUGGUCUAUACCCAAAAAUUUUUGGAUGCUGGAUUUAAACCAAUCGAACAUGCAACCGGUAUAGAUAAUUUGAAACUGUUGUUCAAUUCACACGACUUGGGUUUGCCAUUAUUAUAUCAACAUGAAUAUGCCAACAACAGAUAUCAGCAGAAUAUGACUGUAGUUCACUGGGGAUCUAGUCUUGGAACUCAUGUUGCUUUUCAUUUACCGCAUAUAGAUCAUGAGACUGUUUUGAAUGAUAUUAUUUCUCAAUCCAAUACAGGUUAUACUGGUACUGAGUUUUAUGAUAAUGCCAGAAUUAGAAAACGUACAAAUAGAUAUGAAGUUGAUUGGGUCAGUUACACUGUGGAUAAUGAAAAUACCGAUUUGGAAACUGAUAUUAGGGAUCAUUCUGAAGGAGAUUAUAAUGAAUAUUUGGACCAGAUGGCGUCGGUUUUUUUUAGUGAUCAAGGCAAUGGUGUAAGAUUGGCUGAUGCUUGGAAAUGGUGUGGAACAGUCAUGGAUCACACAUCAGAUAAUUACGAUCAAUUCGGGACUAAUGACGCAACGCAUGGGGAAUUUUACACAAACCAAUAUGGUGGUGUAGAUAAUUACUGCAAUGAUCCAAAAGGUGGUGCACAAUGUGAAAGCGUAGGAUGUCAAUAA